AUGUGCUGCAGCACUUCUCCGGAUCACGAGUACAAGUUCAACGUCCAGAUGGCGUGCGGUGGCUGUGUUUCUGCCGUCCAGGAAGCCCUCAACGCACUCAGCGGAGUGAAGAAGCUUGAGAUCAACCUUGAAGAACAGACCGUCUUCGUUGUGGCUGAGCAUUGCCUUUCUUUUGAAACCGUGUUGGGUGCCAUCAAGGCGAAGGAAAAGAAUGUCCGCAGCGGUGAAGCUGACGGAGCUGCUCAGACUGUUUAG